AUGACCUCCUAUGAUCGACAUGCGUCCCACGACUCCCCAUAUCGGACCGGAAGACAUGUACCUUUGAGUCAAAGCCGCCAUGAGCCCCUCACGUCUAUUGCGACGAGCGCCAUUGAGUCUCGACCGGAUCUGACUGAUACAUUUGAGGAUGACCAACCGAAAGGGUCUACAAGUUCCAACUCUAACGGGUGGACUGGUUCCCCUACCGGAGUUGGUUCUCCUAACCGUCCCUAUUCCCCCGGAUUGAGGUCGCUUUCUUCACAGAAGCGGCGAUCAACUGAACGUGGCGCAGAUGGUGCCCCGGAGAUUCAGAUGCAAAGUUUCCAUGACGGAGCUCCGCCUCCGCUCCCGGUGGCCCAUUCAUGGCGGAAAAUUGAGCGAUGGCUGGAAAAUAAUUACGAAGAGCUAUACGAUAAUCUUUGCGAGGGGUGCACUCAAAACGAUAUAAAUGAGUUGGAGCAUGAAUUGGAUUGCAGCCUGCCCUUGGAGGUGCGGGAGUCCCUUAUGAUCCACGACGGUCAGGAGCGCCCUGGCCUCCCCACAGGCGUUAUCUUCGGAUGUAUGCUUCUAGACUGCGAGGAAAUCGUUCAAGAAUGGAAGAACUGGAGAACGGUCAAUGAAGAGUUUCUGAGCAACUCCACCAUGAUGAAUCCUCCCCCGAAAGCCACAGCAAGCUCAUCCUCUGCGGCACCUCCGCAAGGCCCGAAUCCUCUCUGGAGACAAGAACUUCUGGACCGCCAGGACUCACAGCCUCCAGGCGCUGUACAGAAGGCAUACGCACACCCUGCCUGGAUCCCUCUUGCUCGUGAUUGGGGUGGAAACAAUAUUGCGAUCGACUUGGCCCCUGGCCCCGCCGGGAAAUGGGGUCAGGUCAUCAUUUUCGGUCGUGACUACGACUGCAAAUACGUUGUCGCUCGCUCUUGGGCUGCUUUCCUUGCUGUGGUCGCGGAUGAUAUUUGCAGUGGUAAGGUCAACGUAGAUGAGGAGACAAAUGAGCUUAAAUUGUUGGAAUUUAAAGGUCAGAAUGUUGAGCCGCCCUAUUUGGAGAUUCUGCGUUGGAGGACAGACCAGAAAUAUGGCAGAAGAGCCCCUCGACGCAAGGCGCCAAAUGGACUGGGACUCAACACGAACAGCCGACCCGGGAAAGAAUCCCCGUAUGGAAGCCCAACACCUAGUGAAGAACGAGGCCGGUCUCCUCACCGAUUUCCCAACCGCGGUUCUACUCAGAGCCCUAAGACGCAGUUCGGCGUUUCGAGUCCUCUAGCUCGUGUCACAGAAGAAGCGACAAGUCCUGUGAAUACGAGCGCUGAAGUUGAGAUGCCCGAAGAUGCUUCCAAGGAAAAUAGAAAGGAGCCUGAAACCGAUGAUUUGAUGGAGGUGGUUACACCCCAAAUCUCUGGGAAGGAAAAUCAGGACCGAGCAGACAAGCAUGACGAGCAGAAGUCACCCAAAUCAGAAAAGGUGCAGAGACGUGAGUCUAACCAAGGGACAACCGCGGUCUCGGAAGCUGAGGUCUUGGGGGAAAUGAAGAAUAUAGCCAUCUAA